ACUACCAAGGAAUUUUUGCCAGAUGGUAUAAUAUUAUUUAUAUAUUACGUUGGAUUAAAAUUAUUUUAUUAAUAUAAUGUUAUUUUAUGUUAAUUUUCUUUGGUGGGAGGAGUCUGUUGAAUACUCUGGAAACAAGUAAAGAGUCAUGUUUUGAGGAAGAAGAAGACAAAAAGAGAAGAGAAGCAUCCGUCCAUGGCGAUGGAGGGUAGAAGUGCUGUGGCUGCAUGCUUCUUUGUGAUUCUUUGCUUAUCGGCGCUCAAAGGGAUGAUAGCAGCGAGGAUCAGCGGGGAGCCUUUGUUGCAGAGAAACGAUGAAGGCAGUGGCUUUGGCUUUAGCAAAUCAUUUAAUUAUAUUUUUGAUACUUCCAAGUAUGGUAUUUUGCAGCUCAACAAUGGUUUAGCUCGAACUCCUCAGAUGGGAUGGAAUAGCUGGAAUUUCUUUGCUUGCAAUAUCACUGAGACUGUCAUUAAGGAAACUGCUGAUGCUCUAGUCUCAUCAGGCUUGGCUGAUUUAGGUUAUGUAUAUGUCAAUAUAGAUGAUUGCUGGUCCAAUAUUACACGAGAUUCAAAGGGUCAACUGAUCCCUGAUCCAGAAACUUUUCCAUCAGGAAUUAAAGCACUUGCUGAUUAUGUUCAUGAGAAAGGCCUCAAGCUUGGUAUUUAUUCAGAUGCUGGUGUCUUUACAUGCCAAGUUCGACCAGGGUCACUUUUCCAUGAAAAAGAUGACGCUAAACUGUUUGCUUCUUGGGGUGUGGAUUAUUUGAAAUAUGACAACUGUUUCAAUCUGGGAAUCGUGUUUAAGUAUAUUAUGUUGACAAAGUUAAGAGACUGUGAUUUGAUGAGUCAAUUGAGUCGUGAUGUUCUGCAGGUCUGGGCUGGUCCUUUGUCUGCAAAUCGACUAGUUGUUGCUCUCUGGAAUAGAUGUUCAACAGGUGCAACUAUAACCGCUAAAUGGGAAGCAAUUGGCCUGGAAACAGACACAAUUGUCUCAAUAAGAGAUUUGUGGCAGCACAAAAAUGUUGCAGAAGAUGCAGUGACAUCAUUUGGUGCUAGAGUUAAUGCUCAUGACUGUCAUAUGUAUAUUUUCACUCCCAAGAUAGUGUCAAAUUCUGUCAUCUAGUCCCUUUUUAUAUGGGAUUUAGUGUGACAGUCCUGAGGAUGGUCCCAACAUUUGUAUAUGGGCCCAACUUUGCAGCUUUGUAGACCAAUUAAGGUGUCUCAAGCAGUGUUAGCAACCAAAGAACUGUCUGUAACUAAAGCUUGUAAAUAAGAUCCUUGCAAUAAAAUGUAUGGCCGCACCACAUUAAAAGUUGCCAGAAACAGAUUUCACUUGA